AUGGCGACGGCUGCAGCAGCCCCCAGCGCGCCGGCGCCGCGCACCGCCUCUGCGCCGGCGCCUGCGCCUUCUGACCGCUCUCGCGCCUCUGAUGGCUCCUCUGCUCUACUGUCGGCGUCGGCGUCUCUCUCUCAGUCGCGCGCACCCGCCGCCUCGCUCUCCGCCCCAGGCGUCAGCUCGCCCCGCGAGGCUGCGCUCCCGCCCGCGCCCUCGGCCGAGAAGGCCCACGACCCCGUCGCGCCUGCAGCGGCGGCGGGGUCGCCUCCGCGCUCGGCUGCGAAGCGCAAGCUUGCGCAGACAGGGCCGCCGUUGAACGGAGCCUGUGCGCAGCGGGAGUCUUCAGCAUGCGCCGCCUGCCCCCGCUCGCCGCCAAACUCGCAGGCCGCUCCCCCUCGGGACGCGGCGGACGCCGAGACCGCACUAGUCGAACUUGACCCGCUCGCGUCGCCGCCCCCGUCUCCGACCGCGGAGCCGGGCUCUGUCUCUCGGCCUCGUCGGGCUCGCCGCGCGCCGCGGAAAUUUGAAGUCGACGACGUGAAAAACGACGCGGCCCUGAGAAAGGCCCUCGAGAAAUCGCGCCUGGAACGCCGGCGCAUCCAACUGGACUACGCGUCGCUGCCGCCGGUUCCAGUCAUCAAGCUGUCGUCGAUGGAGGAGUUCCUUGUGAACCCGAUUUCGCUCUUUGAGAAACUUGAGCACUACGGAAAGGAGUUCGGCGCAGUGAAGAUCCUGCCGCCAGACGGCUGGCAGCCGCCGUUCAGUCUCGAGGGCCUUCUGACCGACGAACUCGAGUUCCACAUUCGUGUCCAGGACAUCCACACGCUCAUGCAGGGCCAGAAGUUUCGACACCCGCCGCAGACGUUGUGCGCGUCGUCGCUGAAGGCGCUUGACCGGGAGAUGAAGAAGAAGGCUUUUGGCAGCGAGGAUCCGUCGCUGACGGAGAUCGAGGCGCUGUACUGGAAGUCAGUCGAGAGCUCCACGCCCGAGCUCACAGUGCAGUAUGCGGCGGACCUAAAGACGAACGAAGUUGGCAGCGGCUUCCCCACAAAGCCCGCAGCUGGCGCAGCGGAGACCGAGGCGCCGGGGGCGAACGCCGCCAACGCGUACGCGACUCAUCCGUGGAACUUGACGCGGCUGGCGCGCGAAAAAGGCUCCCUCCUCGCCUCCUACCACCGCGACGUCGCCGGCGUGACCUCCCCGUGGCUCUACAUCGGCAUGGUCUUCUCGACCUUCUGCUGGCACACCGAGGACAAUUACUUCGCCGCCUGCAACUACCACCACUGGGGGUCCCCCAAGAUCUGGUACCUCAUUCCACCGAGCCGCGCGCCGUCUGUGGAGAGGCUGCUGCAGUCGUAUCUAGUUGAAAAGGACUCCGACUACGUGUUGCACUCGCUGACCGUCCAGCUGCCGCCCUCUCUCUUUGUGGAAAAUCGACUUCCUGUCUACCGAAUUGAGCAGCACGCGAACGAGUUCCUUAUGCUGUGGCCGCGGACCUUUCACGCCGGGUUCAACACCGGGUUCAACUGCAACGAAGCGUGCAACUUUGCACCGGCCAGCUGGUUGCCCUGGGGCCGCAAGUCUGUGCGACAGUACCGCUACGUGAGGUCGACGUGCGUUCCUUUUCACCAGCUGCUCCUCCGGGCGGCCGCCGAGUCACCCGGGGCGAGUCUCUCGGCGUCGCAGAUGCUUCAUCUCUGCCGCGCGCUGAUGGAGUUGCUGCACGAAGAGACGCUCGCGAGGAAGGCCGCUCUCGAAGAGACGCGGCUGCUGACUGUCCCCAUGGUCCUCGACGCCGAGGCCUUCGAGACGCAGCUCGCCCCUCUGCGCCUGCAGGGCGCGUACGCCGUCGAGGGCAUUGCCGCCGAGCUGCUGAAGUGCGACAGUGACCUCCGCAGCCUCUUCACCGCCGCGAAUUUGCUCCUGAGGCUUCCGCCGGCCUUCCCAGCCAGCCCCGAGACAAGCAGCUGGCAGCCGAAGGUUCAGGGUGCGGACAAGCAGGAGGCUUGCAUCAAGGCGGAGGACGCCGAGGCUGACGUGCCGACCCAAGAGCAAAGCGAAGCCCCUGCGAAGAAACCGCGCGUCGGGGCACGGCGACCACUGGACGGUGUGUGUACAGCGCAGACUGGGCUCGAGGAGGCGCGCACGCCGACGGCGGAGACUGCGAGGGAGAGGCAGGCCUCCCGGAGCCGCGCCCGCGUGGAUGGCGAGGGUGCGGCGCGUGGAGAAGCGAUUCUCAAGAGCGAGGAAGAAGAGGAGGAGCGCUCUCUUCCGCCUCUCGAAGUUGAAGGGGCCGUCGCGUUUUUGCGCGCUGUCUCAACAGUCGCGGCACUCCCCGUCAAGGACUGCGACACCUGCCAAUCGUGCUGCGCGGUCUCAUGCGUGGUGUGUCCGCACAGCCUGGAGCACUCGUGCCUGAACUGCAUCGCCUCGCACGGCUGUUUGUGCGCGCAGCGACUCGUCCUCACGCGCUUUUCACUGCCUGCCCUCAAAGGGCUCGUCGACUUCGCGGUCGCCACCUUCCUGCACAAAUGCGAAGAGGAGCGGGCGGCUCAGUCCGCGCAGGCCGCGCCCGACGCGGAGACCGGAGAGGCAGAAGCGGCGGCGCCCGCUGCGGGCCUCCGCGACGCCGCCGCAGGAGCGCUGGCGACCCCGAAGCGUGAGGGCAUCGCGCAGCGGGCCGCGGAGGACAGGCCGGGGAGUGUGAAAAAGGAGGGAGAGGAGGAGACGCGCGGCGCGAACGGGGACAGGAGCGCAGGCAGCCGCAGCAAAAAGAGGCGCGUGCGGCGGGGGCCUUCAGCCAGCCCCGCGCGCAGCACGAGCCGACGCCGAGGGGCGAUGCAGGACCAGGGCUGUCAAAGUCCAACCGGCGACCUCGCGGCGCUGAAACGACUGGAGGACGAGCUGCGCGCCGACGCGUUGUAUGUACACCUGCCGACGAUGGAGGACCUGGUGCGCUUCGAGGAGGACGCGCGGCCGCAGACGGCCUCUGACGCGUCGCUCUUCCCGUGCGCGCGACGCGGCGGCGAAGCUGCGAGGGGGCGGAAAACUCCGAAGCGGAAAGGGACGGGCGCCUCGUCGCCGCGGAAACUUUCUGUUAUUGCAGAGGCAGAUGGCGGCGCCGGGCUGGCGAAAGAGGAAUGGACGGCGGAGACCGCGGAAGAUGCUUCGAGCCGCGAGACGGAGCACGACGCGGAGGGCGGCAGCUCGGAGACGCGCGAGGCGGUGCUGCUAGGGAAUGCUGCGCUCCUUGAGGGCGCUGCCGCCGAGGCCGUGACGGCAGCAAAACCCCAGACUGACGAAGCUACAGAAGCGAGCGGCGGGACUCUCGUCGUGCAGGCGGGCGCCGGGAGCGCAGGCGCGCUAGAAAAUGCGUCGUUGCACCCAUGGUCGCUGAGAGCUGCAGUCGACAACGUGGAUAAACUCUUCGCCGUGGAGGCGGAGCUCUUUGAGAGCCGCGGCAGGAGAGGCAGACGCGUCUCGCGCAGCUCCACGCGCGAGGCGUCUGAGUCCACGGCAACGUCGCCCACGCACGUCGCAGAGACGAGCAGCGUGCCGACGCCGCGGGGGAGGAAGAGAAUCAAGGAAACGCCUGCUGAGGAGGACGCCGAGAAGGACCCCUGGAGAACUCUGGCGGAGCAGGUGACGUGGCGGUACUUCUUGACCGCCUUGAAACACGAAGAAGAUGAAAACGACGAGAAGAUCUUGCCGGUGUUCAAAAAGGCUGCGGCGCGAGAGCGGGGGACCGCUGACGCGGCCUCGUCACCUGAAACGCCUCUCACCCCUUCGAAGAACGAAGCCAAAGAGUCGGCGACGCCGACGCCUCCUAGGGAAGUCUGCGUGGCGUAA